AUGAUAUUAAAACAAGGAAUUAUUUACAAACAUGUUGGAAAGGGUAAGUGGGCUGAUUUUUGGUAUAUUUGUUCGUAUGAAGAGGACGGAGUUUAUUUGAUAAUUACCAAAGAUUCGUCGACAAAAAAGACUACAGAAAAAAGCAUAAAUCUAAAAGCUGCUUCAAAAGCGAUUCGUUUUGGAACAACCUGUAAUGAUUUAUAUGAUAAACCGGAAUACUACGGUAAUGAUCCACGUAUUCAUCCCAGCGCUUAUAUCGCAAUAUUGGCUGAAAAAAUGACUCUCAAAAAAGAUUACGUGAAGACACUUUGGCUGUGUGCUCAAUCGACUCUAGAAAUGUUUGAAAUGAUUACAAUAAUUUCAAGAUGUCAUAUGGCUCAAAAACUCGCAGCACCUUCGAUUAAUGCCCAAAAUGAUUCAAAUGCAUUACAUCAUUAUCUACCGAUUGCAUUUGAUCCAAAAUCAUCAUGGGAAAAAUAUUAUGAUAAUCCAUCAAGUAAUGAAAUACCAUUUUGUGAUUUAUCAGUGAUUACGAGCUCAAUAAAACAAAAACCUUUGAACGUAUCGUCAACACCAACUACAAAGCCACAAUUUAAAAUUACAAAAGCACCAAUUCUGGAAGAACCAACAAAUAUAAAAUUAAUCCGAAUUGAAGAACUUCCAGAGCUUCCACUUAUUUCUCCAAAACCUUCUAUUAUUUAUAAAGCUGAACGAAACUGUGAAAAUUUAUCACGGCAAAGUCAAUUUGAUGGUCAUGAUGAUUUCCAGGCACAAACAGGUGUUAAUUCGAUCGCAUCUACAUGUACAAUUAUUGUUGAUGCAUUUUUGGAACCAAAAAAUUCAGAGCACAUUAAGUGGCAAAGCACAUGGACAAAUGAAUUAUCCACCGCAUGCAACGAAUACAAUCAGAAUCUUUUUUUCAAGGAUGAAAAUUUGCAUAUUAAAAUACAGCAGUUUAAAAAUAAAGACGAUAUAGUGAUUAGUGACCAAUCAUCUUACACUAUCGAGAUGCAGUCAUUUGAAAAUGGAAAUAAGACUGAUUCCCAAGAAGAUCACAAUAAUGAUUGCGAAUCUACAACUAGUUAA